AUGUGGCGGGAUCGCACCAACCUCUACCUCUCCUACCGCCAAUCCCUAAUCCACCACCCAGCCAAAAAGCCACAGUUCUCAAAUGGCCUCUCCGAAUCCUCCCAGCCCGAAGAGAGCCGGCGGCUCAUCAACGACGAAGAUGGCGACAUGGUCAUCGAAAUGGACCUCCUCCCACCCCGCUGGAUAGACGUACAAGAAGAAGUCUCCGAGCUCCUCGCCGAAAUCGCCCAGAACUCCUCCGAGCUCGACAAGCUUCACCAGAAACACCUUCUUCCAGGCUUCGGCGACGAAGAUCUGCGCAAGCAAGACGAGGGCGUGAUCGAGCGUCUGACGCAGGACAUCACGCGCUCGUUUCACGAAUGCCAGCGCUCCAUUCAGCGCAUCGAGUCCAUGGUCUCGGAAUCCAAAGAGCAAGGCACUGUGACGAGUGGCGAGGAAACAAUGGCGAAGAAUAUACAGAUUUCGCUCGCGGCGCGCGUGCAGGAGGCCAGUGCGCGUUUUAGGAAGAAGCAGAGCACUUAUUUGCGCAAACUGAGAGACUUGGAGGGCAUAGCCACGCCAUUCGAUAGAAUGCCUUCCCCACAGAACCCGUACUCCGACCCGUCGCUGAUGGAGUCUGAUGCGGAUAAGUCGUUCUCGCAGACUAUGUUACAGCAGACUUCUCAAAGGCAGGCGGGCUCGAACGACGCCGCUAUUGCGCAGCGUGAGCGCGAAAUUAAUGAUAUUGCCAAGGGUAUUAUCGAGCUCUCGGAUAUCUUCCGUGAACUACAGGGCAUGAUUAUUGAUCAGGGAACGAUGCUUGAUCGGAUUGAUUACAAUGUUGAGCGAAUGGGCACUGAGGUCAAGGCUGCGGAUAAGGAACUUAAAGUGGCCACGGGUUACCAACGGCGGACUAUUAAACGCAAGAUCAUGCUCCUCCUCCUUUUGGUUGUAGUAGGUAUGAUUAUUGUCCUAGUUGUCAAACCGAAGGGGAACAGCUCGCCACCGCCGCCGCCUCCUGAAGACGAAUCAUCGAACAACAUUCGCUCUGUGUUGGCUUAUCGUGGACGCAGGCAUCAAUUAUCGAAUCGGUUCGCCCGAGAUCGUUGGAUGGAUCCAGAUAUAUUUCGAUGA